AUUCACACAUUGCUAUACCGCGCAGCUGUCAUCCCGUUAUCCUUGCUUCAAGUGAGCUUCCUGUCAAAUGAAACACAGAAAGUAUGUAGUGCGUGUAAGUUUUGAGUGUGUGAAUUUUACCAGCGUGAAAUUAGUAAAUAUUAAAUGUAUAAAAUCAUUAUAAAGAAGUUUAUAGAAAAAAUGUGGCAUAGCCGCAACGGAAUGUGUUAAUAUACAACUAUGUAUAUAUAUAAAAAUAUAGUUUAGCUUUAGAGCUAGAAAAUAUACCUGCUAAUUGAAAGUCCGCAGAAACCCAAAGUGCUUGUAGUGUAGUAGAUAGUGAAUGUUUUAUUUCAUAAAUACCUAAACAUACCAAGUAGUGGAAUUCGUAGUGAAAUCAUGUGCAUUGCGACCUCCAUAUGCUCCGCGGGCUGGCCCAGUCACCUCAAUUGCAAAUAAAAAAGAAAAUAAUAUCAAAAUUUGACCUCGCUUUGAAGUGGGUGUGUGGCAUCAAGAAAUAUUUUUCGCCAAUUUGACGCACGCACACAUAUACAAAUAUACAUACGUACACUUAACUCGCAAAUACCCACCGUUUGCAAUAUGAAAGUGAUGCGCAUACGCCACGCUAAACUAAUCGUAGCAGUAGUGGUCAUAGCCAACCUCAUACUAUUUUAUUACUCUUGGAAGUCGACUAUUUGGAAGACUCUCACGUCCACACUCAUGCCCAGCGAUGCAGCAGAACGCGCAGCGUCAGCUGAUAAUGAGCUCGGCGGCGGUGUCGGUGUCGGCGCCGCAGGACGUGGCGUAGGCAAAUCGUCGCGCGAUAAGCUCAAGAGUGCCAACAAACAUAUACGCAAAUCCAUAACGGUUGUAUUUCGUAGUUUUUAUAAUUUCGAAAAUGAUCUCAAAGCAUCCAUUGACAAUCUACUCGAUAUUGUGCCGAAUUUGUCGGUGUUAGUACUGUUGGAGGGUACGCCCUAUCCACCGGUCUCAUAUGAGCGCAACAUCACCGCUACGAGCGGGGAGGAGAACACUGUGCGAUUCAUCAAUCUUGGCUUCGAUGUGCAAAAGACACCCGAGCAAUUAAAUGCGCUCGCAGCAAUACACACGAAGUAUGUGCUAUUCCUGCCAGAUAGCGUGCGUUUGACAAGUAAAAAUCUCUUGCAAAAGAUUUUGCGCGAAAUCAAUUCAGCCAUGCCAUUGGGCGCUGGCAUAGCGGCAAGAGCGCCGCUCAAAGCGGGCGAGGCUAAGCAUCAGCAAGAGGCGCGCGCCUUGUUGCCGCCUGUGGGUCCCGAGGAGACGGUCAGACGUUUGGUGAUAGUGCCAUUCGCUGGCAAUAUGAAGUCGUUUAGCAGCUGUACACAAAUCAACUUGGAUCUGCCCAAUUGGACGAUACAAUAUGUUGCGGUCAAUAGCAGCGACAAGUGUGACUUGUAUUUACAAAAACAUGCCAUACUCGUGGAUGUGGGCGUACUCAAGGAGCUGCCGGACCCAUUCGUGUCGCCAUUCCCCGAAAUGUUUUACAUACAGGCGAAGUUGGCUGGAAUUUCUAAAACUGUUUUCCCACAAACCUUCCAAGACGGACGUCGACUCUUUGCUUCGUAUCAUACGAAACAACGCCGCACCGAAAUACGCCGACGCCAAUUUAAGGAAUUAUAUAAGAAGCUGCAGAUCAAACGUAUUAUACGGCGUUCACAUAAAGUCAUCUCGAAAACCGAUGCAAAGGAGAGCGGUGGUGGUGGCUCGCAUCACAAUCUCGUACUCGAUACACAAUUCUCCUCAUCGAACUUCAGUUUGCCGCUGGUAACGGAAAUUGAUUUAAUCGGUUGUGAACGCACCACUAAAUCUUGUGUCGGCAGUGUCUACAACAAUCGGCCCUUCUAUAUUUACUUGGAAAAACACACGCCCCCAUGUUGCCUUGACAAACUCAAAACGACAUUCAAUCAUGUACUCGAGGAGUUCGAGAAUGUCGGCAUACGUUAUUGGUUGGACAAUCAAGCCUUGCGAACAGCCAUCGAUACGAAUCACCUGCAUCCGGAUGCCUAUGAAAUAGAUAUCAGUUUCAAUGUUAAUGAUCUGGAGCGUUCGAAUGCCAUGAAAAAGUCACAAAAUAAACCAUAUGUAGAUAAUGAGGGCUUCUACUGGAUCAAGGCGACGGAUGGGCAUUAUUUUAAAGUGCAAUUUUCGAAAAUCAAUCAAAUUGGUGUAAAUUUGUUACCAUUUGAAAUAAACGGUAAUGAGGUGAGACCAAGUGGAUUUUUCGGUUGGAAAGCCAAAGAAUUCUCCGCAGACUAUCUGCAUCCAAUGUCGACGGUACUUUUUUUGGGCAAAAGUGUAAUGUGUCCGAAUAAUGUACGAGAAUUCUUAGACUUUAAGAAUGUGUAAUGGAGUGAUUGGUGGAAGGAGGUUGAAGAAACACCUCAAUGAAACACAAAAUAGGCAGAUGGUAUUAUAAGCGAUGAUUUAUUGAAAAGCUCUCGAGAUCUUACAAAAAAAGCACAAUGUGAAUCAACAGAGUGUAGUAAAAAUCACCAAAAAUAUCAUCAUCACAUCAGCGGCUAUUUGAGAGGUGUGGCUUAUAAAAAACCGGCACUUGAAACCAUCUAAUUUCAAAUUCAUUUCGAUUAAGUUGUCAUCAACAUAUAUUGCCUGAUUUCAUAUUUUUUGCAGAGAUUAUAAACAACGUUUUUCUAUCAGUUCCCUUAUAACUCCUGUGCAUCACUCUUGACUUUAUGUUUCGGCUUCGAAAUAGUGGCUAGUUGCGAUAUUAGCAAUAAAAAGUAUAACGCUUUGGAUUAGUUAUAUGCAGAAAGCUAGAAAAAUGUUGUAAUUUUAUCACCGAUUAAUGACGUUGGGUUAAUAUGUACUUCGGUUGCAGCUGUUCAUCAGUCUCGUUGUUUAAAAACCACACCUCGUAUCAACGAUGUGAAAAAAUAUAAACAAUUAACAAAGACCGAUAAAUUAUAUGAAUUAUGGUGAAAUAGAGCUAAAAUGUUUUACAUAUAAAUUAUAAGUGUGACUUUACUUAAAAGGAAUAAAUUAAACGCAAUGAUCUCCAAAGGGAAAGCAUUAUAAAAUGAAAAAUAUUGAGGUUAGGUAUGCACCAAAUUUAGAAGUUUUUAAUGGAGAUGUAUAUAGUAAAUACAUACAUACCUACAAAUAUAUAUGUAAAAAAUUCGAUACACAUUUAUAUACACAUACAUACUUUUAAUGCUUAGCCAAAUUAGUUAAAUUAAGCGAGUAUAGUAGAGACAUCUGCGAAAAACAGUUACAUUACAGAUUUCACAAUAUAUACAUAAGUAAUGCGUGCUAUCAUUAUUUAAUAUUUAUGCUUUAAACCAAAGAAGCUUUACCAUCAGCCGAUGGAGCACUUUAAAAAAAAAAAGUAAGUUUUUAAUUCAAAUAUUUGAAAAACUAAAGAAAAGGAAAUCGUAUCAAAUCAUAAAAUAAAAUACUAAAUGCCUAAUACAAGAUUAAAGAUAAAUAUUUCUAAUUAACUUAAUUACAGUCUGUCUAAAACGCCCAUAAAAUAUAUUUUAUAAAUAUACAAAAUAAUAAAGAACCAAACAAUGAAUAUUUCAGACUAAAUAAUGGAAAUAAUUAUGAAGCUUCAGUAAUUUUUAAAUAUUUAUCUGGGCAUUGGAAUUAUAAGAAAUAGUUUGUGAAAAGAAAUAACAACUACGUUUAUUUUAAAUAGUAAUACAACUAAACAUUAUUUAAUAUUCAGUUAUGACUUUCAGAAAACGAAGCAAACUGGAAUUUAAUGCGUAUUUUAGUAUCUAGCAGUAACCCUUCUAUCAAAUAUAAAAAAAAAUUAUCUUUAAUUAGAAACGACUUUACGAAAGGCGAUGUUUAUGAAAGCCAACUGUAUUUUCAACUAAAUUUCGUCGACAUGUUAGCUGUUUGUGCUUCUUAGUGUAAACACAUAAAUUUCUAUAUUUUUUCUCAUAUUUCGAUAGGUUAUACCUUUCAAAGUAAUAUACUAAAAUUUUAAGUCGAUAUUACAAGUUGUUUUGUAGUUACAGGCUUCUAAAGUGUAGUCGCUCCGUUCAAUCAGCUCCAUCAGUUUAUCUUUAAAUGUAUUUUUGCUAAAACUUCUUUUUUCACAAUUGCUUGUGUGAUUACUCGGAGACAAAUGAUCCACCAAUGUUUUGAACAAAAAUCGAAUUUCGACACAAUUCAACUUUUAGCGUAGACAUUUUGUUCAUUUUUAAUUUCAACUGAUUUUUGAGAUUUUUUGUUUUGAGUUUCAUCCACGGAGAAGGCCAUAAUCAAUGCAGCAGCACAGAUACUUUUUCAGCGCCGUCGGAGAUCGCGCGUAACAAAAAAAAUAUUUAACUUUUUUCUUUAAAAGUUUUACAGUAUAUUCUUAAAAUAUAUUUGAAUAAACUCUUUUAAAACAAUUGAUGCAUAGUUUUUGUUUUAGAAAUUCUCUAAAAUCGAGUUUUUAGGCUGUCACAAUAGGUAUCCCCCCUAAACAUUCUAAUUAAAACAUUAGACCGCUACCCACAAGACCAACACUUUAAACACAGUUAGUAGUUACUGUGGUACUUAACAUUAAACAUUAAACACCACUUUCAAAAAUGGAGUUUACCAUUCAUCUUCGUGUAACUCACCUAACCAGCAUUACUUUGGUGUUUUUGGAAGUAUAACUCUGAUUUCAGUACUCAAUUUGAGAGUUCACGAUAUAAAAUGUUAAAGAAAAUUCUAUGUUUUUUGAGCUGGAACUCGAGUUUGUGGCGCAGCGCAAGAAUUUUGUAAUAAGAAUACGGAAACUCAACCUAAUUAUUUUAACACAGAAAAUGUAAUUGUUAAUAGUACUCUAUUGUAUAUUUUACCAUACUAAUACAUCUGCAUAUAUCAUAUAUAUAUAUAUAUAUAUAUAAUACAUAGGUAUACAAAAACAUAACUACAUAAUUACACUAAACACUCAUAGCAUUCAUAUGUGAUAACUGUACCGCAUGUAAACUCGUACACCGCGCUACGGCUUCAAGUAUUUUGUUUUGCUAUUACUAUUUAUAAGCAUACAAUACAUAUGUACAUGUGUAUAUGCGUACCCACUAUUUAUUGAUAUAUGAAAUUGUUGGUUUUCUGACAUUAAUAAGUUAAAACUAAGGAAAUUUUUACUGUAUAAAUAUUUUGAUGUAAAAAGCAUUGCUUUGAAAGUAAUUUUGAAACGUACAUAGUUCCAUGAAUACACUCAUACAUGCACACUAGAGUAUUCGUUAUUUCUUAAGUUGAUUUGUUUCUUGCAAACGCUCCAUAAAGUUUCUGUUUUCGCCCUAAAAAAAGGAUCCAACUUAAAGAAGCUCUUUAAUUUUAAUUUAAACCGGUCUUAAAAUAUAUUAGUUUUCCCAUAUAUUUAACAUAGGAGUUUUUGACCUUAAAACCAAUAAAUUCUAAUAAAAAAUUUUCCGCUCUACAAAAAUGGUGCCAACAAUUUUUUUUAUCAAACUUAUACGCAGUUAAAGUAAUACAUCAAAUGUACUGAGCAUUCAUACGCUACCAUGUCGUAUGAGCACCACAGGCGCAUGUAUGAGUGCUGAAUACAACUAAUGAAUAACUUUAUCAGUGUAUAACUUUCAAAGGAAUGUUUUUAUGGAAAAAAACUAUUAGACCUAUUUUGUAGAGGACUAAAUUUUGUAUUAGAAUAUCACUUUAUCUAGAUUUUAGAUUCUUUGUUUUUAGGGUAAAAAUUGAAACUUUAGAAAUCGUUUGCAUAAAAAAUCAACUUGGAAAAUAGCGAACACCCUAAUGCACACAUACACACAGUAUAUUUUGAAGCGCUCAAUAUAAAGACAACAUAAUUAUAUAAAAUAACACAAAUGGGAUAGAUAAAAUGUUGUUCGCUAAUGUAAUGGUCAUAUAGGUAUAUAGAUAUACAAACAUACCUACACAUAUGUAUAUUGUUUAUAUAUACAUAUAUGUAUAUAUACAUAUAAACAGAUAAAAUAGCUCAAUAAAAAAUAAAUU